UUGUAUGCUGAGUAGUAAAAGUUUUCAAGGCUCAGGAUCCAGAUUAAACAUACAAAACUGUUCAAUUGAGAGGUCACCAUCUCCAGGAAAGCACAAGCCUUCUGAAUGUAGAUCACAACAUAUAUAUGUAAACUUGCCAACACCGCAUCUUACGAAGCCUGUUGAAAAGGAUUUAAAUAAAUAUGACUGGUAUAUUGGAGAAUUUGAUCGUCAGAAAGCAGAAGAGGCUUUGUUACAGGAGAACACCGAUGAGACAUUCUUGGUCAGAGAUUGUUCAACAAAAUCAAGUGCUGAACCAUAUGUUUUGGUCAUAUAUUACGGAAACAAGGUAUACAAUAUUAAAAUACGUUUUCUGGAAGACAGCCAGCAAUAUGCAUUGGGAACAGGGCUCAGAGGAGAUUAUAAGUUUGAUUCUGUGCAAGAAAUCAUUGACUUCUACACACGUGUUCCCAUUAUACUUAUUGAUGGAAAGGAUAAGUCUGGAAUCCAGAGAGAACAAUGUUACCUUAUACAUCCUUUUAAGUUGAACAGAAGAUGCUUCUUACCCUAA